UACAAAACUUUACGAAGAAGUAACGGUUCAAUUUUAAAUGACAAGUAAUUAUGGCAACGUCUGGUUCUGAUAAAAAGCCAAGAGUAAUAAUUUUAGGAGGAUGUGGUUUCAUAGGACGUAAUCUCGUGGAAUAUCUGCUGGAUAAUGAUCUCGUGUCUUUUGUACGUGUCGUAGAUAAAGUACCUCCGCAAACCGCUUGGCUAAAUGCUAAACAUCAACAAUUAUUCGACCAUCCUUUGCUCGAAUUUAAGAGCGCUAAUUUAAUCAAUGCAGUAUCUUGUCAAAACGCAUUUUUAUCUGACAAUCCCAUUGAUUAUGUGAUUAAUUGCGCUGGAGAAACAAAGAGUGGUCAGACAGACCCUGUAUAUAAAGAGGGGAUUUAUAAGCUGAGUAUAAAUUGUGCUCAACAGGCUGCAAAAUUACAAGUUGAUCGGUAUAUAGAAAUAUCUUCUGGUCAUUUUAGUACUUCUGAAAAAAAUCCUCUCAAAGAGGAAGAUUCUGGAGAACCAUGGACAUUUGUUGCAAAAUAUAAAUUACAAAUAGAGAAUGAUUUAAAAUACAUACCAAACUUAAAAUAUACAAUACUUAGACCAGCUAUUGUAUAUGGUUGUGGAGAUAGAAAUGGAUUAGCACCACGUUUGGUAGUGGGAGCUGUUUAUAAACAUUUGGGAGAAAUGAUGAAGUUACUUUGGGGACCAGAGCUUCAUAUGAACACAGUUCAUGUGAGAGAUGUAGCUAGAGCUAUUUGGCAUGUAAUGAAUAGGCCAGAUACUGUAGGCCAAACAUACAAUGUUGUUGAUGAAGGUGAUUCAACUCAAGGAUCAAUCAGUGCUAUAGUUUCAGAAUUAUUUAAUAUCAAUCAUGAUUAUUGGGGUACUGCACUAUCCACACUGGCUAAAACAGAUAUGAGUUCUGUAGUUGAAGAAGUAAAUGACAAACAUAUGGGACCUUGGGCAGAGUCUUGCAAUAAAGAUGGAGUGGAGAAUAGUCCUUUGUCACCAUAUAUAGAUCAAGAACUUCUUUACAAUAAACACUUGUAUUUGCAACCAGGAAAAUUAUCAAAUACUGGGUUUACUUACCUUUAUCCAAAACUUACAAAAGAUGCUUUAAAAGAGGUUCUUGAUGAUUAUGUAAACAUGAAGAUAUUUCCACAUUCCUUGGUUUUAUGA